AUGAGCGCAACAAUUCUGUAUAACAGUACCGUAAAACAGAUACAUCAACUACACCAAGAACUCGAACGACUCGAGAACGGCCAGGACACAUCUUCUGCUCUGCAAGGGCAAAUCACCGCCGGUCUUGCAUCCCUGCAACGCUCUGCCAAUGAUCUUGACCAAUUUGCUCGACGUGAAGUGACCGCCGCAAAACGGGAGAAAGCGCUCGCACGAGCGAAAAAAGUACGAGAAGACUUCACGUCCAUCCAAAUUGCAUUUUCACAAUGGAAAGCCAACGAACGAGCAAGGGCGAGCACGAAAGAGCGGGAAGAGCUACUUGGCAGCGCUGAACGACGAACCUCCAGCGCUGUUCGACAUGAGCCAGGGUCAGCCGACACUUCCAUACUGAUGAUGGACCAGAUGCUUCGCGAAAACCAGGUGUUGGAGGGAUCAGGACACAGGAUAGAUGAAUUUAUUCAUAUGGGACGAACAGCGCUACAGGAUUUGUACGAGCAACGUGAAGUGCUAAAGGGCACCCAACGAAGAUUAUACGAUAUAGCCAACACUUUGGGUCUUUCGACCACCGUUAUACGAUACAUCGAACAACGGACUGCCACAGAUAGAUGGAUUUUGUUGGGCGGGAUGACAAUCACAAUCAUUCUGAUGUGGGGAAUCGUACAUUAUUUAGGAUAA